AUGGACGAUGGACGGGCACUACUAUCAUUGGCGGUAAAGAAGGGCCACGAGGCCAUCGUGAAGUUGCUACUUGCCUCCGGUAGGGUCAAUCCGAACGUUAAGGACCAGUACGGAUGGACACCACUGUGGCACGCAGCCGCAAAGGGCUACGAGGCGAUCGUCAAGCUCCUACUUGGCACGGGCAAGGUCGAUCUGGAGGUUAAGGACGUUUACGGAUGGACAGCAUCAUUAUGGGCUGCCGCAAACGAGCGCGAGGCCAUCCUUAAGCUAUUACUCGACGCGGGCGUCGAUGUUGAGUCAAAAGAUCCGUCUGGCCGGACGAUGCUAUGGUGGGCUGUCACGCGCGUUCCCGGGGGUGGCCACCACGACGUAAUCGAACGAUUAAUAGCCGCAGGUGCUGACGCGAAU